AUGCCGCCGAGCAAAGAAACGGCACAGCACGAGUGUGUCUCCGAAGACGCGCUGCAACACCUGCGCACGUACAAAUAUUCGAGCGUGGAUAAAUCCUUCAUCUCCCGCUACGUCCUCAAGCACUACGUAUGA